GAGUUGGGGGAAAGGAUGCGGACAAUUAAAAACGUGAGAAAAUAAAGGCGCUUCUGGAGCAACACACACCCCGACACCAGCACGAACACAGGCCGAUGGAGGUCGGGUUUCUGUGAGUAAAGAGUCAUUGAAGCAUAUAAUAAAAGGCUGAUUGAAUGAGCCUCCUGGUGAAAUCGACGACAUCGUGGUGUAGGCUGUUGUGAAGGGAUCAGUGCUGGAGAGAAGGAGCAGCAGCAGACAUGGCUCCAUCAGUACGCCUACAGGAAAUGAUCCGGGCAAUCCGAAGUGCCCGGACCCAGGCAGAGGAACGGGCGGUGAUCCAGAGAGAGUGCGCUGCCAUCCGAGCGCAGUUUCGUCAAUCUGACACUGAUGGCCGCUUUCACAACCUGGCCAAGCUGUUAUAUGUGCACAUGCUAGGCUACCCUGCACAUUUUGGCCAGAUGGAGUGUGUACACAUGAUAGCCAGCUCUCGGUACAGUGAGAAACGGAUCGGUUACCUGGGUGCUAUGAUGCUCCUGGACGAGAAGCAGGAUGCCAGCUUGCUUAUCACCAACUCCAUCAAGAAUGACCUUUCUCACGGCAGUCAGCACGUACAGUCCCUGGCCCUGUGCACUUUAGCCUGCAUGGGUUCUGCCGAGAUGUGUCGGGACCUGGCUCCAGAAAUUGAGCGCCUCCUCAAGUCCUCAAGCUCCUACAUCCGGAAGAAGGCAGCUUUGUGCGCCGUCCACAUCGUGAGGAAAAUUCCCGACACGGCAGAGAUGUUCACACCGGUCGCGAGCUCCCUGCUCUCCGAGAGGAACCACGGAGUUCUUCACGGCGCCAUAGUUCUGAUCACGGAGCUGUGCGAUCGCAACCCUGACACCCUGGAGCAGUUCCGCAAGUCUGUUCCCCAGCUGGUUCAAAUAAUGAAGGAUCUGGUCACGUCCGGAUAUUCACCAGAGCACAACAUCGCGGGAAUCAGCGAUCCUUUCUUGCAGAUCCGUAUUCUCAGACUGCUGAGGAUUUUAGGCCGCAGUAACGACGCAGCGAGUGAUCUCAUGAACGAUCUCCUAGCGCAGGUGGCCACAAAUACGGACAGCAGUAAGACUGCAGGCAGCGCUGUGCUGUACGAGACAGUGCUCACCGUCAUGGACAUCAAAUCAGAAAGCGGACUCCGGGUUCUUGCCGUGAAUAUUUUGGGACGGUUUCUUUUAAACAAUGAUCGGAAUAUCCGCUACAUAUCCAUGACGUCGCUGCAGAGGAUUGUUCAGACGGAUCACAACGCAGUCCAGAGGCACAGAGGGACGAUUGUGGACUGCCUGAAGGACCAGGAUGCCUCAGUUAAACGCCGUGCUUUAGAUCUUUCCCUGGCCUUAGUAACCGCCGCGAACAUCCGCACCAUGAUGAAAGAGCUUCUCGCCUUCUUCUCGACGUGUCCUCCAGAGCUCAGAUCGAGCGCAGCGUCCGGCAUAUUUAACAUAGCUGAAAGGUACGCGCCGUCUCAGCGCUGGCACAUCGACACCAUCCUGCAUGUCCUCAUCACGGCAGGAAGUGACGUGAGGGACGAGACAGUGCCUAACCUGGUUCAGCUCAUCGCUACGGCGUCCAAGCUUCACUGCUAUACGGUCCAUAAACUGUACCGGGCCCUGAUCGUGGACAUUUCACAGCAAUCUUUGGUCCAAGUCGCCUGCUGGUGUAUCGGGGAGUACGGCGACUUGCUGCUGAAAGGAGAGUGCGAUGACAUCGAGCCCAUGCAGGUGAGCGAGGACGACGUCCUUGACGCCUUGGAAACGGUCUUACAGUCGCACAUGUCGUCUUCGGCAACGAGAGGCUUCGCCCUUACCGGCAUUAUGAAGCUGAGCACCCGCAUCACAGCCAAUGUGGACCGGAUCCGGAGUAUCGUCAGUAACUACGGCAGCUGCAUCGAUCUGGAGCUUCAGCAGAGAGCGGUCGAAUACAAUGCGCUCUUCAAAAAAUAUGACCACAUAAGGGCUGCCGUGUUGGAGAGGAUGCCCGUGGUCGAUAAGAACCUGCCUGGAGAUCUAAUCAAGGAGUCUCCAAAAGAUCCCAGUCAAACUAAGCCACUUGCAGGAGUGUCAGUUUUGCCCCCAGAACCAGCAGCUCAGGUGUGCGACCUUUUGGACUUGCUCGGCGGAACCGAUACACCUGUCCAGGAUAGCAAUGGAAACGUGAACACGAUGGCCAGUUUUACUAGUUCGAGUGUGAGCGGAAGUCUGUUGGAUUUGCUGGGAGGCCUGGAGCCCACUCCGGUUCCAAGUGUGACGGUGUAUGAUGUCGGAGGGGUGACCCUGAAACUGCAUUGCGACCGACAGACGGAAAGCGGCAUUACUGUCACUUUCACGGCUUCAAACUCCACACCGAGUGAUGUCACCAGCUUUACUUUACAGGCAGCAGUACCUAAGAGUGUACAGCUGCAGAUGAAGGCUCCGAGCGGCGUUGUGAUUCCAGGUCAAAAUCGCGGCACGGUCACUCAGACCGUUGUACUCAAUAGCACCAACAAGGCAAGCCUGAAGAUGCGGGUUCGGGUAUCCUACUCCAAUCAGGGCACAGUCUGUCAGGAAACAAUCCAGAUCGACUCCUUCCCAAGCCUGGCUUGAAACCGGUCCAAUAUCUUGAAGGAAAUCCUAAUUUAAAAAAUCUCUGAUGAAUUUCUAAAUGUACCUCGGGAAGUGCAGGAAUUUUGUUAGCAGCCACACAAAUGUGUUUAGUGAAUCUCAAGAAUUCGGUCCAAUAAUUCUUUACUAUCCCAUGAUGAAGAUCUAAUCAGCAGAAAUGUGAACCAGCAGCUUCCCCCUAUAUAUAUUUUUUCUUGGACUCUAUGGAAACCAGAAUUGAUUUUUGAAACACUUGGUUCGGUGUGACACGUGACCCAAGCCAGACACAAUUAUACCUGCACACUCUUUCAUGCUACGCUCCAGACUUUAUAGACAAACUCGGGUACUACUGAUCAGUCGAUCUGAUCUACAGUCAGGUUAUUUUACCAAUUUUCCAGAGUGAAAGUUUGUUCAUUGUUUUUUUUGUUUGUUUGUUUUAUUCAUUUUAAAAUAAAAAGUUGUCCUGUCUUGA